AUGGAGUUAUUUCCGCUGAUACGGGCGGGCAAGGGCGCCAAGGUGCGAGCCUUGCUGGAAGAUGACAAGGGCGACCACAAGCGCGACGUCAACGUCCGCAACGAAAAGGGGCAGACGCCACUCUACUGGGCCUGCGAGCUCAAGUCCGAUUCUGGCGUCGAGCUGGCCGCUCUGUUGAUCAAGCACGGCGCGGACGUCAACUUGCCCGAAGACCACGGCUUCACGCCUCUGCAUCUGGCGGCGUACAUCGGCAACGUCAGCGUGGUCCGACUACUACUCGAGUCGGGGGCACUGGUCAACAAGGGCAACAAAUCACAGAGCACCGCGCUUCACCUCGCCUCGCGAAACGGACACGAAGCUGCGGUGGCGCUGCUCAUUCAGCACGGCGCGGACAUUCCUUUGGCCUACGCCAAGGACGCACAGAUUUCCAAGCUCCUCCAAGACGCGAUGCUCGUGGAAGGCAGGCAAUCGCGGGCGCGUUCGGUGGCUUCGGCGAUAUCCAGGGAAGAGCUUGCGACGAGCAGCCAAAGCGACGACGAAGCGCGAAAGAAAGCGCGAAAGCGAGAGCUGAAAAAGAAGGACGCACUCCUGCGGCGGCCCAGCAAGCGUGAGCUCAAGAUGAAGGACCACGACGACGAGGAGACCAAGGAGUACGAGGAGGAGCUGGAGAAGCUCAAGUCGCUCGUCGGCAUCCUCAGCGACCGACUGGCGCGCGAGGAGCGCAUCACAGAGAGCCUCCAGCGCGAGCGGGACGAGGCCCGGCGGCGCGGCCUGUGCGAGCGGUGCCGCCAGGCGCGGCGCGACACCGUGCUCGUGCCCUGCAUGCACCUGGCCUUCUGCUGGGACUGCUGCGGGCGGAUGGCCAUGAAGUGCCACAAGUGUGGCGUGGGCGUCGAGGGCAUGAUGCGCGUCAAUGUGGAUUGA